AUGGCUGAGAAGACCCAGACUCCCGAUCUCGAGGGAGCCCACAAGCUCGGCAUGGUCGAGUCGAUCACCACUGAUGCCUCGAUCCUCGAGAAGGAGAGCGUUCUGAACGGCAAGAACCCUGCCUCGCAGAUUCCCGUGCUGCCCAGCACUAUCGUUGAAGAGGCUGACGAGGAGGUGCUCAAGUACACCGAUGCCUCGGUCACCAUCACGCCCGAGGAGAACAAGCGACUGCUCCGCCUCGUCGACAGGAAGGUCCUGCUCGUCAUGCUCGGUACCUACUUCUGCCAGUCGCUCGACAAGCAGAUUCUCUCGUUCGCCGCCAUCAUGGGCAUUCGCACCGACCUCCACCUCAAAGGCCAGGAGUACUCUUGGCUUUUCACCUGUCUUUACCUCGCUAUCCUCGUCACUGAAGGUCCCCAGAACUACCUCGUCCAGCGUCUCCCUAUCAACCGAUGGCUCGGUUUCUGUGUCUUCGCAUGGGGUCUCUCGUGCUGCUUUGUCGCCAUCACCAAGAACUUCACCGGUAUCCUAAUCCUCCGAAUCAUGCUCGGCGUCUUCGAGUGUGUCUGCCAGCCCGCUUUCAUCGCUCUAUCGGCCAUUUGGUACAAGAAGGAGGAGCAGGCUCGCACUGUCACUCUUUGGUACUGUAUGAACGGCGUGCAAGCUGGCGUGGGCGGCUUGCUUGGUUUUGCAUUCUAUCACAUCCAGGGCGCCGCGCUCUCUUCGUGGAGGAUCAUGUUCCUCGUCCUCGGAUUGCUCACCAUUAUCUGGGGAAUCACCAUCGUCUGGUACCUUCCCGCCUCGCCCAUGAAGGCUCGCGGCAUCUCGGACGAGGACCGCGUAAAGCUGGUCGAGCGCGUUCGUGAGAACCAGACCGGUGUCCAGAACCGAAAGUUCAAGAAGGAGCACCUCUACGAGGCGCUCAAGGACCCCCAGGCUUGGUGCCUUUUCCUGAUCAACUUGCUCAACACCAUCCCCACCGGUGGUCUCGGCUCGUACGGCAACAUCAUCAUCAAGACCAACCUCGGCUUCUCGGUUCUCCAGACCAACCUGCUCGGCCUCGCCCAGGGCGGUUUCCAGAUCACCGUCCUACUCCUCGCUGCUUACAUCGCCAAGAAGUGGAACCAGACUAUCCUUACCGCCGUCUGCUUCACUAUCCCCAACAUCAUCUCAGCCGUCAUUUUCCUUACUGUUCCCAACAACAAAGACCACGCCGGUGGUCUUCUCUUCGCUUUCUACAUGACCAUUUGCUUGCAGGCCCAGGCCACGCUCUCCUUCUCCCUGCUUUCCAGGAACGUCGGUGGACAGACAAAACGUGGUGUCGUCACUGCUAUGACCUUCAUUGGCUGGGCUGCUGGUAAUUCGGCCGGUCCUCAGCUCUUCCAAGCAAAGGAUGCGCCUAUUUAUCGAAACGCCUUCAUUGGUCAGCUUGGAUGCUAUGCCGCCUCGAUCCUUGUGCUUAUCGGCCUGCGUAUCCACUACAUGCGUCAGAACGCCCAGAAGAAGCGUGCCAACAACAUCCUCAAGGGCCGCGCUGAGGACGCCGAGGACGAGAUCGACCUUUCCCAGGCUUUCCUCGACUUGACCGACAGGCAGAACAUCAACUUCCGAUACCAGUACUAA